AUGAACAACGCCUUGGAUCUGUCCAUUGUCAAAGAUCUCUCCAAUCACAUAUAUGAAAAGAGAAAAGCAACAGCGUUCCAAAUAGAGAAUUUGACCAAGGCAGCACUCACCAAAAAUGACUCGCAAACCAUUUAUCUGAUCAUCAAAGAAUUGGCCGAUUUGGUUCGAAGCGGUACUAAUUCUGCCAAAAUGGGAGCUAUCACUGCAUUGGGAAGUGUUUCUGUAGCCCUUGGCUCUUUUGCAAUUGCUUACUUUCUAGAAGAUAUCAUCAAGCCCAUCUUUGCUACUUUUCGUGAUACUGAUGCUCGCGUCCGAUACUACGCAUGUGAAUCGCUUUACAAUAUUGCCAAAAUUGCUCGUGGAGAGAUCCUAGUGUACUUCAACCAGGUCUUUGAUAUCCUCUGUAUAUUGGUGACUGAUACUGAGUCGUCGGUAAAGAACGCAGCCGACAUUUUGGAUAGACUCAUUAAGGAUAUUGUGAGUGCCAAGUCGACAAAUUAUGUGUCAAUUGUUCAACAAGAAGAGUUUCAGAACCGAAGAAACGAGAUAUUGUCUCAUGUGGUAGAUUCUAAUGGAGUGGCUAUCCAAGUAAACAUUCCUCAGGAUGCACAAAAAGCAUUUUCGCUUCCAAAAUUCAUCCCCACAUUAUUGGAAAGAAUGUAUAUCAUUGACCCAUUUGCAAAGAAAUUUCUUUUGAGCUGGCUUGAACUUUUUGAUGAUAUUCCAUCAUUGGAGCUCAUUACCUAUCUUCCCAACUUCUUAGAGCCACUCAUAAAGUUUUUGAUGAAUAAUGCUCCGUCCGAUGUACGCAUAGAAACUCAAAAGUUGCUUACCACCUUUCUCAAAGAGAUAAAAGCGAUUAGUAAGAUAAGAUAUGAGAUCAAGCGUAAGCAAUUAGCCAAGAAAGAACAGGCAAGUGAAAGCGUGGACGAAGGUGAAAAAGAUUUAAGCAGCUUAUCAUUGAAAGAUAAUUCUGAUACUGACGGUGACAUUUUUUUAAAGGGACAAGAUAUUUUCAUCGACUACCCUAUGAUAAUCUCCAUUUUGCUCUCGUUCCUUAGAGACCCUAACACGACUGCCAAGCAAGAUUUGAAAGUAAACGACCUUCGUGGAGAGAGUCGUGAGACAUACUACGAGAUUCAAACAAUAUCACUCAAAUGGCUUCAAGAAAUUAUAAAGUUUUCGCCUACUAGCUUUGUCAAGUUUUUUCCCGAUUGUGUCAACAUUAUUACACAAAAUUUGGCAAUUACAAACAAGCCCGAUGAUGAAGAAUUAAGAAUUGAAUUCCUCAAGUUCAAUUCGGCUCUUCAAAAUGUAUUGAUGAGUUUGAAUGAGGCAGAAAACGAUGCUGACAAAGUUUUAGAAGAAAGUGAACCAUCCCAAAAUUCUAUUCUUGGGUUGAACAAAGAAGUUUAUGAUGAGUUCCAUGAACUCUAUUUUCAUCCAAUGUUGGAUCGCUUCAUCAAAGUUUGCACCAAUUCUUCCAACGAACUUGCAAGAAUAACCCUGUUGGACUGGCUCAUAUUUCUUUACUCGACAAAUCCUACAAGCUUUUCAGGUUCAGUAGUUGGAGAUGGACCAGAAAAUUUUGAUUUCACAAUUUUGCUUAGAUCUGCCAAUGAUGCGAGCAACGAAGUGGUGUUCAAAGUUUUGCAAUUUCUUUCUAAAAUAUCCGAAUCGAACCAUGAAUUCUUCACCACAUUCAUGGCUAAGUUAAUCACCUUUUGUGAACGAGAGAUGAAAAACUUACUGGUUGAAAAGUUUUAUGUUCGUGAAGCUCAGGGAGAAUCGACCUCUCGUGAACGUAUUGAGUUUGUCAUCAGGAAACUCUGUGUGACUCUCGACUCAGAAAAGAUUUAUCGAACGCUUUCUGAAGUGUUAUAUUCACAGGAAUAUGAAAACUUGGAGUUUUUGAAUUUGAUGGUGCUUGUUUUAAAUAACAUUCUCUUGACAUCACGAGAACUAACGGUAUUUCGUAACAAAUUGAAAAAUUUGGGACUGGACGAUUGGAAUUUAUUUGCAACGCUUUUCAAGAGUUGGUGCCACAACCCGGCAUGUGCCUUGUCGUUGUGUCUACUCACAUCCCAGUAUGAGUUGGGAUUUCUUAUCAUCAAAAACCUUUCCGAGAGCGAAGUCAAUUUGCAACUUUUAACUCAACUUGAUGUAUUGGUACAACUCUUGGAGUCGCCAAUAUUCCUCAAACUAAGAUUGCAGCUCCUAGAACCCGAAUCGUACCCGUAUUUGUACAAAACUCUUUACGGACUUUUGAUGAUUCUUCCUCAAUCGAGUACUUUCAAUACUUUACGGAACAGGUUGGCCACGAUAACUAACCUAACGAGUUUACAUCUCAGUACUCCAGAUCCAGUUCCCGCCGCCGUAUCGACUCCAGGAAAUUCAACAACGACUCCUCUUACAAAUCAGUUGUCACUCCGCCGAAAGAGAACCUACGAAAUGUUAGACAGGUUCACAAAAACUCAAGAAACUCAUUCCAUUUUCAAGGACGCCUCGGCCGAUGUAAGAUCCAUGAGCUCUUCCCAUACCAUUCCCAGAUGGAACCAAGACUCAAAAGACUACUUUUCAUCCACUCCAGACAAGCAAGAACGGAAUUCGAACCCACUAUCACGAUUAAGGUGA